AUGGCGCCACACACGAAGUCACAAAAGAAGGCCCCGAGCAUUAAGAAGACGCCGACGGCCCGCACCAUCGCCCACGAGCGCGCCCCCAAGCGAGAAGUCACCACCAAGCGCAAGGCUCCGAAGCCUGCGAGCCCGCCUCCCACCAAGCCAGCCGCCCCUAUCGACUACCAGCGCCUCGAGCUAUGGCUCGAUGCCCGGGAUGAUGCUGUCGAUGUCGCCGAAUGGACGAUCCGGCGUCUACGCGUGCCUCAGCAAAAGGACCAAUGUUACUCGUGUGUUGAUGUCGAUCGUGAUUCGCGCAAGGCUGUCGGGAUUGAAAAAUCCGUUUGCACGCGGUGCUAUUCGCGGCACCGCCGUGCUCGUGAGAGCGUUCUGAUCGGCCGCCCACACACGCAGUACUGCAUCUCGUUCAAAGAGCUGAAGCUCCUCCGGGGAGUCUCCCCGAAUUGUCUCUACACAGCGGCAGCCGCACAAAUCCACCCGCCGAUUCUUCAUCGCCCGCUAAUGACUGUUGUGUACGAUAAAUGUGUACGCACCCAA